UAAGUGACAUUAUACAUGACAUCCGUAGUGUAAAAAAUGCCGAGAUCAAGCAGAAGUCGAGAGUCUGGAUCUCGACGGAGCAGAUCGUCAAGCGGUCGUUCUCGUGGCCGCCAUAGACAUGAUAGGGAGCACCAUCAUCAUCGACAUGGUCACCACUCAAUUAAUUCUCAUCUUCGCCAGCUUUACAGGUUUCGACAGAAACAGAAAGAGAAAAACUUCAAAGCGGCAUCCUGUAGUAUGAUUGCGAUUGUCGUGCUAUGCACUGCAUUGUCAGAACCUCGAUGGGUAUCACUUAGAGGAGGAGGCUGUACCAUAGGAAGCCUACAGUCGACAGUGUCGACUCCUCUCGACCAUCUUGGCGCUUACCAGUUUUUCUACCCAGGGAGCUUUUAUGCUGAAAAUGAAAAUGAAGUAUCACUUUAUCAUUUUGGACCAUCUUCAGAUGAUUAUAUGCAUAACUGCGUUACCUACAAGGCUGUCGUCCUGAUGAAGGUCAUCAUUACCUUCACAUUUAUUGCCAUGGUCUGUUCUCUUGGAGGCUUUCUAUUGGACCUGAUUGGUCCCUCUCGGAGAGUUCUUAAAAUUCUAAGGAGAAAUGCUAUAUUGAAUAUCAUUGCUGUGAUAAUGUGCGUCAUUAUUAACAUGUUCUGUUACUGGUUGACGGCAGAGGUGCAGGCCCUUCAAAAGCAUACUAAGGUACACAUCGGCAGUAAAGUAAAUGUUAACUUUGAUAUCAGCUUUUUCCUCGUGGCUGCAGCAGGAGCAGUGGGUGUUCUAGCCACAGCCUUGAACUGUCUUCGUCGCUAUCCAGCCUAUGAUGACAGCCCGUCUGAAGCCUUAUUGGAUGAUUUUGAUGGAAUGGAAGGCCUCCUGGCUCCAGAACCAGAUGCUUCUCCCAUGGCUAAUAUUCCUCCACCACCAGCCUACACCCCAUAAUAUAUACCAGGAAUGAGCUGCUGUGCCUGUUUUACACACACUGUGUUAUAGUCAUUGUACAUUGUUGAUUGACAUUAUACACUUAACACUCAUAUCCAAAGAUUAAGACCAGAUUCAGAAAAGUAAUCACACGGAAUCAGAGGUUAGAACAUUGUAACAAAUUAAAGAAGCUUUAGUCUGAGAUUAUUUCUUUCUUUAAUGCAAUAUUUGAAUUACAGUUUUCAACAACCACCAUUGUUAUUGCAGGACCAGAUUAUAAAUAGUAAAAAUUUAGAUGCUACCUUUGAUAAGUAGAAGUUGUGCUGUGAAUGGAGUAAGGCACUGUCUUUUCUGAAUUGUGACUUUUUUGCUGAAAAAAUUCAAUUUAAGAAAUUUAGAAUGUGCAAAAUUUGUUAAACUGACAUGGGCUAAAUUCCAAGCAUGGCACAUAAAAAAAGGAUGUUUGUUUUUACUGUGUGUACAGUUUGUUUUCUGAAUGAUUGAUAUAUUCACACAUGCUGCCAUCAUACUUAACCAGUUCAUAGGUGACAUCUCAUACAUUUCAUUACAUUUGAAAAGAAAAUUAAUAGAUAUAUACAAUCAUGUUUUGAAAAUUCAUAAAAGUAUUUUAAGUGAAAAAAAAUAUUGAUAAAAGAGUUGUGAUUAAAGUUUAUAAAAUGAUUUUUGCAUUAUGUAAGGCUGGGAUGUAUCCUAUACUCCAGGGGCUACAAUCACGUUCGCUGUCUGCAGAGAUCAUUAGUGAUCAUAACCCCUGAAAUUUUCUGGAUAGUUAAAAAAGAUAUUUUAAGUUUUGCUUGAAACAUUAGAGUUUUACUUUUUUUUCCCAGAAAAUUCAUUUUUCAGCAUGUAUUUAUAUUCAGCAAAAAUUUGCAAUUUGAUUGUUACUGUAUGAAGUUAUCUUUAGCCUACCAUCAUAAGAUGGUUGGCUGUUCAAAUUGUCCUUUGUUAAUGGUCUGACUGAUCCUUCAUGUUAUCAUUCUUUCUUGAGAAGUUCUAGAUCGUUCCAGAUCAUUUCCUUUGGUCUCUAGUUGUGCAUCCUCUUAUUUUUGGACUGAUCUGGAAAACAAAAUGACCGAUGGGUGGCCAUUGUGGAUUUUGCCUAUUGAAAUUUGUAAUCUUUGUUUCUUAAGAAGUACUGGAUGGAUUUUAUUCACCUUGGUUCCUAGUUGUUCCCUUUUGAUUUAGGGACUGAUUAAAAAAUAAACACCAUGGGUAAUAGAUGACCAUAUUGGAUUUGACAGUGAAAAGUUUGUUAUUGCUAUUUCAUGAGAAAUACUGGAGGCUUCUUUUUCAAGUUGUAUAUGUAGGUUCACGAUGGUCCUUUGUUUUGCCCUUUUUAAUUUGAACACUGACCAGAAAACCAAAGUGGUCAAUAGGCCACUUUCUUAAAUUAAGAGUUAUUAUCAUUAAGAGGAAUUUUCAAAUUUCAUAUGAGUAAGAGCUAGAAUGGAGGAAAAAAUAGAAAAGAAGGGGAAAGAUCCAAUGUUUCAAGAACAAAGACCAAACAAUGGUUGGUGCCAAGAUGCUUCGCGGAUCUUAUGUGUAUUAAUGUGUUUUGAUAUUGCAGUGUUUGAAAUUGAUGCUUUAUACCAACAUGAUUAGGUUUGAUGUGGAUAUUCUUUAUUGUUAGAUAUAAACAAGUAAUCAUAUGCAUAACUCAGAUUAAAGUAUAGGUGUUAACUAUCCAACAUUAGCCUUAAGUCAUGCAAUUGAAGGGGCCUUGAUUCCUAGGUUUGAAGGGACAACACCUCUCACCUCCUACCCAGCCCCCUCAAUUUUGUAAUUGGAGAAGAUUUCAUUUGACUCCUGCUUAAAGUCAAGAGUCAACUGGAAAUCCUUGUGCAAAGUGGUUUCUUGAAGGAUUCACAAUUUUUAUAAAGGAUAAAUAUUGAGUCAUGCUAUGUUUAUGACAAAUACUUAUGCAAUAUGUAUUUUCCUGUUUUUCCAUGAUAAUUUUUUGUUGGAGUGUGUCGUGUACAUAAAUUUAUUCAUUGUGAGUUUAAAACAUUCAAUGUCAGGAAUGAAUAUUUAUGAAAACAUAUAUACAUACUCAAUGUUGUGAGUAUAAAAUUGUAUAUACAUGUAUAUACUGGUCAUUGACCUACACUCGCCAAAUACAAAUUCUCGUGAGUGCUCAGAGAAAUACUGGCGUGUAUAUAUUUAUCUGCACAUAAGUUGUCUUUUUGUCCAGGAAUUUUCUUAUCAACAAAAUGCAUGAAAUGGCAACCUUUGGUGAGAAUUGGUACUUGGCAAGAAUAUGUCAGCAACCAGUAUAUACCGAAAUAUAUACAAUAUUUAGUUUUUUAUGAAGAAGUCCAAGGUUUGGGUGAAACUAAUAGUCGUUUCCUUUUGAAGAAAAUUAAUCUUGUCCCAAGCUUAUUGUGAUGACUCCUACUUUCGACUUUUCCCAAUUAUUCAAAUGCCCUGCAUAGGUAUCUGGUCAAGGAAUAUGUAGAACCAACAAAACCUUGAAUCAAUAGUGUUUGUUGUCACCCUGAAUCAGUACUGUAGCAUUCCCAUGGUAACAUGCAGCAAGUAACAGCCAAUGUUUAGUUGCUGGGACAUGUGUAAUGGUCCUGGCAGUGUCGUCCUGUGGUAGACCCUAUAAAUAAAGACUAUGUAGUUUACUGGUAAUCAAAGGAAAAUUGAUAGUUGUUGUACAAUUUUAGCAGUCUUUUGUGUUAUAUAGAUACUAGAUUCUGUAAGGUACAACUUCAGAUACAUGUAU